GGAUUUUUUUUUUUUCACCGGAGAAAGCUUUCUGCUUCCCGACCAUGAAUCUCUCCCUGUUGAUCGUGACUGGAGGGUUCAGUCAAGCAAGAAUGAGGAAACUUUGACCUUGAUUGAAUGUGCUACACCUGACGAAAGAAGUUGGUCGUUCGGGAGCGUACUUAUGUGAUGUGAUGAACUAGCCUUUGUCGACUUCGAAAGGUGAUCCAUAUAUCAUAGGCCAGGCAAUGGAUGCUACUUAGUCUCCUCUUUCAACUUCUUCGUCAGAGGGAAGAGAUGCCAGGAAGCUCUGUUCCUUCUCGCAGGGUGGCGUGCCUCCGUCUGAGACUCUACCCUGCCCGUUGGAUGUAUGGGGCCUCUUCAAUUCAUCUUUGAGGUUUUUUUCUAUCCCCGCUUCCCUACUGAGUUCCUCCGUCUCUCUUGCAUGGUGCCCCUCUGUCCCUCCCUUUCUGAGAGGUGAUCCACCAAUCCUUUUUCAACCUAAAGGUUGAUUUCAAAGCCGGGACGGACGAAGUUUGGUCAAAAUGUAGUCGUUGAAGCCUUUCUGCAACAUCUUCCUGUCUAUGGAUUCUUUCUACGCUACAAGUCCGCUGUUAAUCUUGCUUUCGACCGGAACGCCCUCUUAUUGGGGAUCUUCCUUGACCUGAAAGCUGGAUGGAAGGUCUCUUUCUUCUCUGUGUUUCGCCCAUUCGAGUGUGAUUUGACAAUGGCAUCAUAGGCACAAACCAGGCCCUCGGUCCGUCUGUGCUGCUUCGAAUGAUCGGGUUUCAACGGCUUCCCUAGCUGUGCUGAUCUUUCUAGCAGUUCACUACGCGCCGAAUGAUUCUUUGCUAUUUCCUCUCUCUCCUCUCGGUCUGCCUGAAAAGAGUUCCCUGUAAGAGGGACAGUCAGAACAAGAUGCGGUUUCAUCAGACGGGAUCAAAGAUGUCGAAAUUCGCCGAUCAUAGGUCAGCGGGUCAAGCAAGGGUUGGUCGAGCUUACUUUCGUUUCCUAUUUUAAAAAGGGAGAUUCUACUGAUAUAGACUCUUAUCCCCACUGUCGUCAAACUGACACUUUAUCAUAUCGAUUCCUUGAGUGGAGCUCUCAGUCUCCAGGUCGGCCAAUCCCCUUUAAGUUCAGCCCUUUUCCUCUUUUCUUUGGAUCAUCUUCAUUUGCUUAAGGAUCUGUCAACGCAAACUCCCCUUUGACACAUGAAUCAAUCCUAACCUCCGAAGAGGGAUGCUUGCCCCGAUAACGAUGGAUCCCUAAGGAAGAAAGUGAACCAAUCUCUCACAUUUCAUGACCUGAGGAAGAGCUUCAGUCAACACUUCUCUGAGACAGGAGCAUAAAAGAAGAUGACUAAAGACAAUAACAUAAAAUAAAUAAUAAAGAGUGAGGUGCGCGCAUAGUGGCAAAUAGGCGGUCAUUCUAUCCAGAUCUCAAGCCUCAUCAAGAUUCUCAUUCCAUUACUAAAAUAUCAAUCAAUCAAAGUAAAGAGGAAAAAGACAAAGACCAAUCCUAGAUCUACAGUCAGAGAAGAUAAAAAGGUGGGCUUUAGCUCUGACAGAAGCUCAACCCUAAGAACCCGCUAGGCUCUAUCUGAGUUUUGAAAAAAAAAAGAGUGCUUCCUCACGCGGUGACUCAGAGACCACCGUCUGAAAAAGAUGAGUCAAGCUCCAGGGAAGAAGACAAAGACUCAACAAAGGCGUUCUCCUCCUUUUUGUAGGUUACUAUUCACAUAGUCUUUUCCUUUCUGGAUAGGCGGUCCCCCUGGUAUUGACUGGUGGGCUUUGAAACGUGUUCUUAUACUAGAAAACUAAACCAACCCUUUACUAGUCCGGGGGAAAGAAAGGAUGAUUCUCUGACGGAUAUGUCGAUUUGCCUUCCUGGUAGAUUAAGCGGAUUCUUACAUCUGUGAAGGGUCGGAUAUCAAUAAGGCUGACACAGAGCCGCAGCACGACUAAGGGCUCCGUACUGCACACGGACUUACUCAAGAACAACAAAAAAAGACAAAAAGAAGAAAUAAAUGGAAAAGAAGCACACCUAUGGGAGUCUCGAUCAAGAAUUUGAUCUCCCUAUUAUAUAUAUAUAGUGAUUAUAAAUUCUUAUAUCAUUACAGACAGUGGCUAUCUUCCUAAAAGUGAGAGAGAGGAUAGAAAAACUCUCGCCCAAAUUUCACGAAAACCGGUCUCCGGUGGUUAAGAACCUUUCUUCACUCUUGAAGCCUUCCACCACCCACUGGAUUUUCUUCUUCGUAAGGGAGGAAUAUGUGUGUGUUGUAUAUAAAUAUUGGACUUUAGAUUUCGCGUUGUAAUUAUUACUAGGUUUUUUAUAAUCCAAUGUUCAGUGAGAUUACUUUCUUAGUGACUGAAAAACUUGAAUCAGUUGAAGGAGACGAGGCUUCUGGCUCAGCCUGAGGGCGGAUCCCACUGGAGAGGAGAGUUUUGACUGCGGGAGAGGCAGGUCCGGAUUUCUGUAAGAGGGAGUCUUCGGAACGCCACACUUUAUGAGCUUUCCCGCUGUCUUUCUGACACUGCCCUUUACCUGAGCACUGUCUAGCAGUCGGUCAAGUAAGUAUAGGGUUUCCUCUAGUGUUUACGAAGUAGUAUAUCUAGGACUUAUGAAAACUGACAACAACUAGGCAACCACAGGAAUUCUCGUAGUUAAGGGAGGACCUUUCGUGGGGGUCGUGGAAGAAUUGGGUUCGAUUCCCGUUAUACGCGAUGUGGCGAAAAAGACUGAUUCAACGAGAUACCAUGCCUGCAUUAAGAUUUAAAACGUGUCGUCUACUUCCAGGAAAUGUUUGGAACAGAGAACUUUCUCUAAUACAACGCCGCAUUCUCCGAAGAUUGAGGAACAAGAGGAGAUCUAUUAAAAGAAAUCUUUCUCUAAGAGAAAAUCUAAACAGUAACAUCAAAUCACAAACUACACGAAAGUUGCCCCUUUAUUAUGGGGAUUUACCCAUAAGGGAGAUGCACAGAGGAAGAGAACGAACUUCAUAUAUCCCUUUUCUAUUUAAUCAAGAAACAAGAUCGGACGUGAUUCCGGUUCGUCUCCAUUUUCGUGACACUCUUCCUCAAGCAAGGCAGCCGAUAAGUCAUCGAAGGGUUUGUGUGAAUAAUGGACUGGUAAGCAUUACUCAUUUGAAAGUUUCCCACGGUGAUCUAAUAUCUUUUCAAGAAAGUGAGGCGAGAACCCGCGGUGAAGAAAUAAGGAGAUCUUUCUAUAUCGACAUAUCAGUUGAAAAAAUCAUUGGAAAAUUCCUGCCGGUCAGAAUGUGGAGAAGAACCAAAACAGAAUGGUUCCGCCUACUCAAAACUCAGAGGGGGUGCCGCCUACUACUCAAAUCCCGGUUUUUGCAAGAGUUGCGUUCUUCUAUGCAAGAAGAAGACUUAGAAAGAACAAAGAAGUUUGGAUCCGAAAAAGUAUGCUUAGGCAGUUCCUUCGCUGAGCACAAGAGAAUAAAGAGGAAUUUGUUUCAUUUUAAAUACUUCUUAUUAUCGAAGAGAAGGAAGGAGAAAAACCGAAAUCUUCCUACUCGAACAAUAAGUCCUUUUGUUUACAAGUCUUAUUUAUAUAGUAAUUCGACCUAUUGCUCCGGAUCCCCGUUUACUAGGAAGAUAAGAAUCAAAAGGAUCGAACUACCUACUCAUUAUUCGGAGGUGAAUCAUAGAACACAAAAAGCUGUGGUAUCUUAUGGGCCUAACAUAGGUCAUAUCCCUCACGACAUAAGAUUGAAAGAUCCAAACCUUCCUCUUCGGAGCGGAAACGGACGUGGCCAAAACAUAUAAGAAAAAAUAAAGAAAGAUCGGCUCGCUCAUAGGGACAUAUCUAUCCGGAUAGAGGAUAGUCUAGAUCGAUUCAUAGAUAGAUCUCUCUCUAUAUAGAUAGGUAUCCCCUUGGAUAGAGAUAAAGAUAGGGAUCCCAUUUAUAUAACGGAAAAAGUUCACUUUUUGACUACUACUUUAUACUUAUACUUUAUUUUAUUUACAUUUGAAAAUUCAUUUUUUCCUUGAUUCUGAUUGAUUGCCUUUUCUUUUUUACUACUACUAUUUCUUAUACUACCAGCAAGGAAACAUCGUUUUUUCCAUUUAUACUUACUUAAUUGAAUUGGUCGGAGCGUAGACGAGCGAGCAGAGCCCAGGAAAGACGGAAGCCCGUCAUAGAGCAGUCGACUAGAAGUAGAAGACUUCUGGCCUGAGAGAAGGCAGUCUCUCUCGGGAAACAUGGAAAAUCUUUCUUUUCACACGGGCAACAUAGGGGAAUAAACUCGAAGAUCAAAGAUUUAUUGAGGAAGUUCUUAUUUGUUAUUUACUACCUUUGGGAAGAGUUUUCUACUUCUACUUUUAAAUUGCAUUUUUUUGUAAAGUUCUUGACAAGUCCCAAGUAGAGGAGAUUCAUAGGUAAUUAAUUAAUUCUGCCUUUCAGUUCUCUUCGACGUAUCGAUCAUGGAUUCCUAAAUCACAUAAGCCGGGGGGGAUGCGACCCAUUACACAGCCCCUUGUCUGCUGCCAGUACCGACCUCUCUUACAUACACGAUCGGGGUACUCUCGUAUUAUCUCUCCCUUUCAUAGAAAGGCUAUCUAUGUAAGGUAUGACCGAUCAGACAUGCUUGUCCGUAUUUACUUGUCCUUAUUCUCAUUAUUAAAAAAAAAUCUUAUUUAUUGGCGAAGAAGGUCAAUGCAAGUACGUUAAAGUCUAUAAUCUCACCGUCGGACAAUAUGGAUAGAGUUCGUGCGUUUGUAGCCAAGGUUGAGCCAUUUCUGGCUCGCCUAUUCAAACGUUACGUCCCUAGUAUCGCCACUAUUCCAGGGGAUGACGUGGGAACCAACGUGGAAGGCGCUGCCUACUCACCCUCUCACUAACAAACUGAUAGCAGUGAGGGAAACCCCAAACGAGGUUUGCAUGUACAGCCAUUUUUGUCUGUGCAUACCUUACUGAUCCUACUCAAUCUUUUACACCGAUGUAUCGUACUCUAAAGACCAUAAGAAAAUACUGCUAAAUCUUUCCGAAGUGAGAGAAGGAGGGAAGGCGCGCUAGCGCGCUACAACUAACACAGCCUG